GUUGCUCCAAAUACAUCUGCUGAACUCAUGCAGGUAAACCUGUUGUUCUUCUGCCUUCUCCUGUGUCAGUCUGGCACGCAAGGUAAGUGUUUGUAGGAGGGGCAUGUAAUGAAUUAUGCCUUCAGCUGUGCAGGUUUAGGUUGCUGCCUCUGUCCUCGGCACUCACUUGCUGCUGGGGAACUUGGGUAACAUGUGUGAGGGCGAUGGGCCAUGGGACUCCUGAUAAUAUGAGCUGGGCUGGACUACUGCAGAGUCUGCUGGUUGCGGUCCAUCUCAGGCAGAUCAUAUGCGAUUCUGUCUGGUUUUCCAUCCCGGAGGAGCAGGAGCCGGGCAUUCUGGUCGGGUCACUUAGUAAACACUUUCCACCUCCGUACCAGCUCCUGACCCAGGAGUAUGUAUGGAUGGACAAAAGCACUGGCAAUUUCUACACCACUGAGCAAAAGAUGGAUCGUGAGGCCCUCUGCCCUGAGGAGACAAAAGCUGAGGAAUGCAUUAUUCUACACAAUGCCCUUGUGGGGCCCUCAGGAGACCUUAUACAGUUUCCUGUGAUCAUAGAAGACAUCAAUGACAAUGCGCCUCAUUUCGAAAAUAGUGAAAUACACCUAAGGGUGUCUGAGGAUGUCACUGUGGGGACCAGUCUCUUUUUGGAUGACCAGGCUCAGGACAGGGAUGCUGGACCUAAUGGCCAGAUGCAUUACCACUUAGAAGACUCUGGUGGAGUUUUCAGUUUAAAAGUCGAGGAAGACGGGAAUGUCAUUGUGCUGGUCGUGCAAACAGCUCUGGAUAGGGAGACACGAGACCUGUAUCGGAUGACGGUGGUGGCCACCGACUGCGGCUCAGACCCUUUAAGUGCCACAGCGGCUUUAAUAGUCACAGUGACAGAUGUUAAUGACAACUGUCCAAGCUUUAGCUCCGACAGCCCCCGCAGAGUCACCAUCCCUGGAGACUCCUCCAAGAACACGCUGGUUGCUCAGGUCAGGGCCACAGACCCAGAUUCAGGCCCGAAUGCUGCCAUCGUUUACUCCCUCAGUCCCAAAGUCUCAGAGCGGGCCAAGAAGCUCUUUAGUCUCGACAGCCUCACUGGGCACAUCAGACUAGCACAGGACCUUCAGAGUGACAACUCAGAGGAGCUGCUGUUGAAAGUGCUAGCGACUGGCCAUCACUGCCCCCCAGCAGACACUCAGGUAACCGUAUCCGUGCUCCCCAAGGCGAACCAAGAACCGACGAUCAAGAUCGGGUUCAUAGCAGAGCAUCAAAACCAGACUAUGGUGUUACCAGAGAACCAGCCCCCCACUGUCUUAGCCGUUUUAGAGCUCAAGGGCGGCAACAGCUUUAAAGGCUCAUCUCUUGCCAUCGACAGCGCAGGAGUGCCUUUCACUUUGAGCCUGCAGAAUGGCAAAUUUCUGCUUUCCACAUCAGAGCCCCUAGACUAUGAGACAACAAGUGAGCAUAAUAUUUCUCUGGUAGCGUAUCGCAGAUCAACUGAUGGAAGUGUGAUUGCACAACCCAUGAGUGUGAUCAGGGUUAUGGUGGCAGAUGUCAAUGAUAAUGCCCCACAUUUCCUCCACUCUCACUAUGAGUUGGACGUCGAGGAAAACAACCCGCCAGGGACAACGCUGCUACUGGUCUCAGCUUCAGAUGCAGACAGUGGAUACAACGGCAAGGUGACCUACAGGCUGGACGAACACACACCUGCCAUCUUUAAUAUUGACCCCACGACAGGUCAACUGUCUGUAUCAGCCUCUCUGGAUAGGGAACAGCAGGGCGUACACAGCCUCACUGUGUUUGCUAGAGAUAGCGGCUCUCCUCCCCUGGAGUCAGUUGCUACAGUAUCCAUUCGUGUUCUGGACCAGAAUGACAAUGCACCUGCUUUUCUCACCCCUCACUUCAUCUUUUUCAUCCCUGAGAAUGUACCACCGUUCGCCCGGGUGGGGGUGCUUGGGGUGACGGACCCAGACGAAGGGGAGAACGGGAACACAGAGUUGCGUGUUGUAAACAGCAGCGGACCUUUUGUUGUGGAUAACACUCAGGGGACACUGCGCACCACCACCGACUUGGACCGCGAGACAGAGGACCGCUAUGAACUCUACCUGCUGGCCAGCGAUCACGGACUGCCGGCCGCUUUGACUUCCACUGCCAGAAUAACUAUCUUUGUGGAGGACAUCAAUGACAACCAGCCGAAAGUGAUCCUUCCCAGCAGCAACGCCUCAUGUCUGACCAUCUCUCCAGAAACUAUCACAGGCACCAUGAUAACAAAGAUCUAUGCCAUCGAUGAGGACUCGGGCCUGAAUUCAGAGAUUACGUACACUGUUGCAGCGCCAGAGCAAAACAUAAGCCCCUUCCAGGUGGAUUCAAGGUCAGGGAACAUCACCGUAGCUCAGCAACUUCUACACAAGGACCUGGGAAUGCAUCAUCUGUUCAUUGUGGUCAGAGAUGGGGGGAAACCAGCCCCACUUUACACCACUGUCUGGGUGAAUCUGUUGGUCAAUGAGAGUGUGGAGCCCUGCCACUUGGACAGGGAGCCCACCUGGACAGGGAGACCUGACUUGGUUCAAACCCCCUCAAAGGCCCCCAUCUGCGAGGUGGAGGACACCAGAUCUCCUCCACUAAUACUGUUAGUCAGUGUGGGUAUGAUGCUAGCGUCGCUAUGUUUGUUUGUGGUGACAGCUGUGUUAUACCUGAAACGGAGGAGAGGGAGUGCACAGCAGAGCGAGAGGUGGCGCGCUGAGGAGAAUGAGAUUCCACUCAGGCUCAAAGACAAAUAUUACUCUGAUGACUAACAGAACGAAGCAAUGUGUGUAAUCCUCACUCGCGCUGUGUCAAGGAUGAAAUCAGCCUGUGAAUUAAAGACAUUCUGAAUAUUA